CCGCCGAAAUGAAGUUCAACCCUUUCGUGACUUCUGACCGGAGCAAGAACCGCAAACGCCAUUUCAAUGCCCCCUCUCACAUUCGGAGGAAGAUCAUGUCUUCCCCCCUUUCCAAGGAGCUGAGGCAGAAGUACAACGUGCGGUCCAUGCCCAUCCAGAAGGACGACGACGAGGUGCAGGUUGUCCGAGGACACUACAAAGGCCAGCAGAUUGGCAAAGUGGUCCAGGUAUACAGGAAAAAAUACGUCAUCUACAUUGAACGAGUGCAGCGAGAAAAGGCUAACGGCACAACUGUCCACGUGGGCAUCCACCCCAGCAAGGUGGUCAUCACCAGGCUAAAGCUGGACAAAGACCGGAAGAAGAUCCUGGAAAGGAAAGCCAAGUCCCGACAAGUAGGAAAGGAGAAGGGCAAAUACAAGGAAGAAACGAUCGAGAAGAUGCAGGAGUAGAGGCCUCUCACGCACAGCUCUCAUUAAAGACUGCUUAAGUA